UUUUGUUUUUCCCUAUCCUGUCAAUUUAUUAUUCUUUGGAAGAUUCUUCAUUGCCAAGCCGCCAAAGUGGAGAGUGCGAUUGCAGAAGGGGGUGCUUCUCGUUUCAGUGCUUCUUCAGGCGGAGGAGGAGGUAGGGGUGCGCUUCAGCACUAUCCCAAGACUGCCGGCAACAGCACUAGACGAGAUGACGACUCCGCAAAUGACAAAGAACGACAUGAUGCAAUCUUCAGGAAAGUAAGAGGCAUACUAAAUAAGCUUACUCCUGAAAAGUUUGACAAGCUAUGCCUUGAGCUCCUCAAUGUGGGUGUAGAGUCUAAACUCAUCCUAAAGGGGAUCAUACUGCUGAUCGUAGACAAAGCCCUUGAAGAGCCAAAGUAUAGCUCGCUAUAUGCUCAACUAUGUCUGCGACUGGCAGAAGAUGCACCCAACUUUGAUGGCCCAUCCGCAGAGAGUCAUCCAGGACAGAAGCAAAGCACAACAUUCAGACGCCUCUUAAUUUCUAAACUUCAAGAUGAAUUUGAAAACCGAACCAGAAAUGUUGAUAUCUAUGAUAAGCAAGAUGGCCCCCUCCUCCCAGAGGAGGAGGAACAGAGAGCUAUUGCUAAGAUCAAGAUGCUGGGAAACAUCAAAUUCAUUGGAGAACUUGGCAAGCUUGAUCUUAUUCAUGAAUCUAUCCUUCAUAAGUGCAUCAAAACACUUUUGGAAAAGAAGAAGAGAGUCCAACUCAAGGAUAUGGGGGAGGAUUUGGAGUGCCUCUGUCAGAUAAUGAGGACAGUAGGACCUAGACUAGACCAUGCAAAAGCCAAGUCCUUAAUGGAUCAGUACUUUGCCCGUAUGCGCUCCUUGAUGAUGAGUAAGGAAUUGCCGGCAAGGAUUCGUUUCCUGCUGCAGGAUACUGUGGAGUUGAGAGAACACAAUUGGAUUCCUCGCAAAGCUUUUCUUGACAAUGGACCAAAGACUAUCAAUCAAAUCCGUCAAGAUGCUGUGAAAGAUCUGGGAGUUUUUAUUCCUCCUCCUUUGUCUCAAGGAAUGAGAAGUGACUUCUUUCUGGAGGGACCGUUUAUGCCACCCAGGAUGAAACUUGACAGGGAUCCACUUGGAGGGCUUGCUGAUAUGUUUGGACAAAUGCCUGGUAGUGGAAUUGGUACUGGUCCGGGAGUUAUUCAAGACAGAUUUUCACCUACCAUGGGGCGACACCGGUCAAAUCAACUUUUCAAUGGCCAUGGGGGACACCUCAUGGCUCCUGUUCAAUCCCACUUUGGAGAGCUAGGCAAAUCCUUCUUGAAAAAUCCAGGGCAAAGCCAACUAUACCAUAAUCAAAAUCAGGGACUUCUGUCUCAACAAGGACAGUCUAAGGAUAUGCCUCCACGGUUUUCUAAGAAGGGACAGCUUAAUGCAGAUGAGAUUAGUCUGAGACCUGCUCAGUGUUUUGUAGUAAACAAAAACCAAGUGCCAAAGCUUCAGCCCCAGAUAACUAUGAUUCCUCCCAGUGCACAGCCACAACGUACUCAGACACCACCUCUGGGACAGCCACCUCAACUUGGUCUCAAAACAAAUCCGCCACUUAUUCAGGAGAAGCCUGCAAAGACAACUAAAAAGCCACCACCUUCUAAGGAAGAGCUGCUCAAGUUAACAGAAACUGUUGUGACUGAAUAUUUGAACAAUGGAAAUGCCAAUGAUGCUGUUAACAGUGUGAGAGAAAUGAGGGCACCAAAACAUUUUAUUUCUGAGAUGCUGAGCAAAAUAAUACUUCAGUCACUAGAUCGAUCAGAUGAAGAUAAAGAAAAAGCAAGUGCAUUAAUCAAUUUACUUAAACAGGAAGGGAUAGCUACUAGUGACAACUUCAUGCAGGCAUUCCUAAAUGUAUUGGACCAGUGCCCUAAACUAGAGGUGGACAUCCCUCUGGUAAAAUCCUAUCUAGCACAGUUUGCAGCUCGUGCCAUAAUUUCAGAACUCGUGAGCAUCUCUGAACUAGCACAACCAUUGGAAAGUGGCACCCAUUUUCCCCUCUUCCUACUUUGCCUUCAGCAGUUAGCCAAGCUGCAGGAUCGAGAAUGGCUAACUGACCUUUUCCAACAGAGCAAAGUGAACAUGCAAAAGAUGCUGCCAGAGAUUGAUCAGAAUAAGGAUCGUAUGCUGGAGAUAUUGGAAGGGAAAGGACUUAGCUUCUUGUUUCCACUUCUGAAACUGGAAAAGGAGCUACUGAAGCAAAUUAAGUUGGACCCAUCCCCUCAAGCAAUCUAUAAAUGGAUUAAAGACAACAUUUCACCAAAACUACAUGUAGAUAAGGGAUUUGUUAAUAUUUUGAUGACCAGUUUCUUGCAGUAUAUUUCUAGUGAAGUAAAUCCACCUAAUGAUGAACCAGAUUCUUCAUCUGCUCCUUCUAAAGAACAGUUGGAGCAAGAAAAACAGCUGCUUCUUUCCUUUAAGCCAGUUAUGCAGAAAUUCCUUCAUGACCAUGUUGAUCUACAAGUGAGUGCCCUUUAUGCACUCCAAGUGCACUGCUACAACAACAAUUUUCCAAAAGGCAUGUUGCUGCGCUUCUUUGUGCAUUUCUAUGAUAUGGAAAUCAUUGAAGAAGAAGCUUUUCUGGCAUGGAAAGAAGAUAUUACUCAAGAGUUUCCAGGGAAAGGCAAAGCUUUGUUCCAGGUAAACCAGUGGUUGACCUGGCUGGAAACAGCAGAGGAAGAAGAAUCUGAAGAAGAUGCUGAUUAAACCAGCCAAAGCCUUAAAUUGUGCAAACAUACUGUUGCUAUGAUGUAACUGCAUUUGACCUAACCACUGCGAAAACUCAUUCCGCUGUAAUGUUUUCACAAUAUUUAAAGCAGUAGUGGGUCAGUAGGACUUGUUUCUGCAUAAGGGUUUUUGUAGUAUGUCUUAAUCAUAGUCUACCAUAAAAAUAUUUUAGAAUAUCUUUAAUGUUUAGAUAACAGUGUAUUAGCAGCAUGCAAUAAUUACAUCAUAAGUUCAGAAGCAGUCUGUGUAAGGAUCUUCUUUGAUGCCAGUUACCAUAGGCUGUUCGUUAGAAAUCUGAAUAGCAACACUGAAUACUGUAGAAAUGCACUUUGCUCAGUGUAAUACUUGAGUUGUUGCAAUAUUUGAUUAUCCAUUUGGUUGUUACAGAGAAUCCUUAACUGUAAUUGAUGGUGGUUGCCGUAAUAGUAUAUUGCCUGUAUUUCUACCUCUAGUAAUGGGCUUUAUGUGCUAGAUUUUAAUAUCCUUGAGCCUGGGCAAGUGCACAAGUCUUUUAAAAAGAAACAUGGUUUACUUGCACAAAAAUGAUCAGUUUGAAGAGGUGGAUAGAUGCCCUUGGAAGUGGUCUUUGUGGGUAUGAAAUAAAAUGGUGAGAAACUGAAUUGGUCCCUAUGAUAGUAUUGGAAUUAAGUCUACUUAAUUUAUCAAGACAUGUUCAUGCCCUGAUUUUAUAUACUUGUAUCUAUCAAUAAACAUUGUGAUACUUGAA